CAACACCAACACGAACGCAAUAAAUCUUCGUAAAAAGCCCGGUCUCCGCUGUUAAAUCACUCAGUAUCUUAUUAACAGUGACUAGACAAAGAUCGUCUUAUAAAAAAAUUGACUCUUAAUUAAAAUUUGUGUUGUUAACUUAAUAAAAUAUUCAAAUCAUGGCUUUUCGUUAUUUGACCGUUUUGCUUGUUCUUAGCAGCAGCGCUGUUUUGAUCAAUGCUUAUUCCAAAGGAGCUCCCAAAGAGGCCUGCGGUGAUAUGGUUCCCCAACAUCACGUCGACCCGCAAUCGACACCUGCUCCAUAUGAGUUGAACUUGUCCAAAAAUCACAUCAAAGCUGGCGAAACCAUCCAAAUUACUCUCAAAGGCAAGGAAGCCAAGGACAAGAUCAAGGGAUUGCUCGUUCAAGCACGUGUUGGCCAGACUCCAAUCGGAAAAUUCUCUGUUCCUGCCAAUAAUCCACACGUUCAAGCUAUUAACUGCGGAAAUGGUGCCUAUGACGCUCUUACCCACACAAAGAUCCAAGGAGACGGACCCCAAAGCGUUUCUUUCUCAUGGACUGCACCAAAGGAAUUGGCUGAAACUGUUACCUUCUACUACACUGUUGCCUUGAACGGCGGCGUUUUCUGGGUUGCCCAAACAUCUGAAAAAUUGUCUGUUUCAGCUUAAAAAGUCUUUCUUACAAAAAUUAUUUUUUUACUCGUGACAUUACAAAAAGAAAUAAAUGACCUGUUUUUAAAAUGUAAA